AUGCUGAAGAGGGAGGGGAAGGUCCGACCCUACACGAAAACCCUGGAUGGAGGUUGGGGAUGGAUGGUUGUGUUUCAUUUCUUCCUGGUAAAUGUAUUCGUGAUGGGGAUGACCAAGACUUUUGCAAUUUUCUUUGUGGUUUUUCAAGAAGAGUUUGAAGGCACCUCAGAGCAAACUGGUUGGAUUGGAUCCAUCAUGUCAUCACUUCGUUUUUCUGCAGGUCCCCUAGUUGCUGUUAUUUGUGACAUAAUUGGAGAGAAAACUGCCUCCAUUCUUGGGGCUUUCCUUGUUACUGGUGGAUAUCUGAUCAGCAGCUGGGCUACAAGCAUUCCCUUUCUUUGUGUGACUAUGGGAUUUUUACCUGGUUUGGGUUCUGCUUUCUUGUACCAAGUCGCUGCUGUGGUCACUACCAAAUACUUCAAAAAACGAUUAGCUCUUUCUACAGCUAUUGCCCGUUCAGGGAUGGGACUGACAUUUCUGUUAGCGCCUUUCACAAAAGUCCUGAUAGAUCUAUAUGACUGGACAGGUGCCCUUAUAUUAUUUGGAGCAAUCACAUUGCAUUUGGUGCCUUCUAGUAUGCUCUUGAGACCCACCCAUAUCAAAAGCGAGAGCAAUUCCGAUAUUAAAGAUAAAAGUAGCAGUUUUUCUGCAAGUGGUCCAGAGGCAGCGUGUGGGACAGAAACAUCAUGCUGCAAUGAGAUACAAGAGUCUGCCAUCAGGGACAAUACUAUGCAGGAUGGACAACCUGGUAUAAGUUUAACAGUCUCACAAAAUCAAAAUGAAGAGUUCAACAAUGAACCUAACAGGAACAGACUCUUCCGAAAAACUAAUGAAGAAAGUUAUGGGAAUAAGAGUAUUUUGUGGAGCUGCAAACAAAAACUCUUUGAUUUUUCUCUUCUUAAGAAUCCUUUUUUCUACAUAUUUACGUGGUCUUUUCUCCUCAGUCAGUUGGCAUAUUUCAUCCCUACCUUUCACCUGGUAGCCAGAGCCAAAACACUGGGGAUUAAUAUCAUGGAUGCCUCCUACCUCGUUUCUGUAGCUGGUAUCAUUGAGACAGUCAGUCAGAUUAUCUCCGGAUGGGUUGCUGAUCGUAACUGGAUCAAGAAGUAUCAUUACCACAAGUCUUACCUCAUCCUCUGCGGCAUCACUAACCUGCUUGCUCCUUUUGCCACCACAUUUCCACUACUUAUGACCUAUACCAUCUUCUUUGCCAUUUUCUCCGGUGGUUACCUGGCAUUGAUACUUCCUGUACUGGUUGAUCUGUCUGGGAAUUCUAUGGUACACAGGUUCUUGGGGCUUGCCAGUUUCUUUGCUGGGAUGGCUGUCCUUUCUGGACCACCUUUAGCAGGCUGGUUAUAUGAUUAUACCCAGACAUACACCGGCUCCUUCUACUUCUCGGGCAUAUGCUAUCUCCUCUCUUCAGUUUCCCUUUUCUUUGUACCAUUGGCCGAGAGAUGGAAAAACAGUCUGACCAGAAAGAGAGAGGACUGCAAUCAAAUGAGAGCUUAA